UUAUUAAAGUCGAGCCUCUGUCUAGCAGUCGUCACAUCGUUUGACGGAUACAAACCGGAACUACGUUAAAUAUUUACUAACGUGUUUAACAAUUAUCAGGGCCCGUUUGCGUGGUACACGUACAACGUGUGUGAGAUUAAUUUCGGAGAUUGCCACUCUGAGCGCGUGUUUGCUUCAGGCCAUGUGUGUUUACAUUUUUUACAAUGUAUCGUGCAAGUAUCGUCUGGCAAGGUAACACGAAAAGUAUCACGGUGAAAUCAGGCAUUUCGUGUCCGCGAAGCGACGUGAUCAGACGAAAAAUUUUAAUUCACUAUGAGUACUACUAAGCCAUGCUGCAUCAGUGUGACGUUGAUGACAAGGAUUAUUGCGACGUAUACGAUGUCUCUUGCGAUUCUAAUGAUAAACGUAUUGAUGAGUAAUUUCUUCACGAGAAAAGGGGACGAGGAUUUUUUCGAAUCUGUCAAUACUUGGGCAAUUCUGGGAUUGAAUUGGGUACAAAUUAUAACACACAUGCGAUUGCAGCAAAAAGCUCAAACUGCCAUGAUAUGUAUUCUUAUAUACAUCGUGUUGUUUUUGCUAACCGGUGCUUAUCUUGCCUUGGGAUCGAUUUCGAGAAGACCUAAGUGCGCCGUGCCUUGGAUGUAUUUGCAAAUGAUUAGCAUAAUAGAUCAGUUCGUGGCGAUAUGUGAUAAUGCAGUACAUACUGAAAAUGUUGCUAUAGGAAAAGCUAUGGGUUACAUUAUGGUACACUGCACCUAUUUGACUUUAAGCAUGUACUUCUGGAUCGUCGUACAAGAAGCUCGAAAUAAAUGGUACAGUGAGGAGCAGCAGUUCAUGGAUUGCGAAACAAGGGUAAUGGAUCCUUUACCGGAACUUACAAAUAGCAGUGGCUUGAAGUCACCAUCCUAUCUCUCGCAAAAUUUUUCGAUGUUCGAAUCACCGCGACCGACAACUCUUCUGCCUAUAUAGCAGGAAAUCCAUGAAGAAUUAUGGAUAAUUCCUAAACGAUUCUAAUGGAAUCGCCGUGUGAAGCAAGAUGUUGGGAUUUACAGAAUUGAGGAGGAUAUUUAAAGAACAAGAUGAUGGAGAAAAGCUGAGAGGUUCCUUUCUUAGCCUAUAUUUGACUCAAGACUUGCAUUGCAUGUAUAUUUUCUGGAUAAACCAAUACUUUUUUAUAAUAAAACUAAGUUCUUUUUGCUGGUAUAAA